GAAUCGGUGCAGUCGCGGCACACAGCCCCCCGCGUGUCCCCGCGCUGUUCCCCCGCGGGCGGCGGUCCGGGGAGGGGCGUCGCCGGGGGCAGCCCCCCGCCAUUGAUAACCCCCGUGCCCGGCCCCGCCGCCGCAGCCGGAGAGCACCGACCGCCGCGCAGGGGUGUCCGCGGGCACCUGCACCCACACCGCAGCGCGCCGUGAGUGCCCCCGGGACAGAGCGGAGAACACCGGGGCGCGGAAGAUGCGGCGGGCCGGCGGGCCCCGCGGCGGAACGCUCCGUCGCUGAGGCACCGCAGAAGGUUCUCGUGGCGCCGAGGAGAUGAGGCUGUCCCUGGCCCUGCUGGCCCUAGUCGCCCUCGGGGCCGCCGCCGGCGGGGCGGGCCGGGAGGCGGAGGAGGCGGCGCAGGCGGGGCGGUUCUCCACCCCGGAGCAGCACCGGUGCAGCUGGGAGCUGCGCUCGGCGGCGGGGGCCAGCGAGCUGCGGCUGAGCUGCCGGCCGGCGGGCGGCGGGACGGCGCGGAGCUGCGCCUACCGCGGGGAGCCGCGGCGCUGCCCCGCGUACGGCGCCCGCAGCCGGCAGUACUGGCGGCAGAUCCUGGGCAGCCUGCGGCGGCGGCGGCACCCCUGCGCCCGGGGCAGCCCGCUCAGCGCCCGCCUCUGCGGCCCGGGCCGGGCGCCGCCCGAGGCGCAGCUCCGCCUCAUGCCAGGCCAUGGCCACGGCCCCGCCACCACCCCGCCGGCCGCCACCGCGGAGCCCAGCCGGGACCCGGCGGAGACCUACUGCGCCGAGCGGUGGCACUCGCUGUGCAGCUUCUUCGUCGGCUUCUGGGAGGGCUGAGCCGCGCCUGGCCCCCCGCGGUCGUCCUCCCCACCCUUCUUGCCCUCCCCGCCUGCCACCCGCGUCCCUCUACUUUGUCAGCGUUCCGCUUUUCCUCUCCAAUAAAGUGGUAACUAUUUUCAGA